AUGGCUGCAGCAUUCCACAUUUCCAGAUGUGACUUGCAGUGUAGGCUCAACAAUGAGAAGCAUCACACUGACCUUAACGGGGUGGAUCGCCUGAUCGUUCGGAGGGGACAGCCAUUCAUCCUCGACCUGCACCUUCGAUCUGGAACCUUCCAGCCUGGAGUGAACACCUUCCACCUCAUUGCUGAGACAGGGCCGUGCUCCUCAGAGAAAUGGGGCACCAGGGCUACUUUUGCUCUGAGUGACAUUGACAAAAACAAGUGGAGUGCAUCUGUGUCCCGUUCCUCUGGAAAAAUCCUCUCCCUGUCCAUCUGCUCGGCCCCCGAUGCUCCCAUUGGCCAAUACUCUCUGACUUUGGACCAGGGCACCAGGGUCAGCCUGGGGGAGUUUGUAUUGCUCUUCAACCCCUGGUGUGCAAGAGAUACUGUAUUUAUGGAUGAUGAAGAGAAACGGAAGGAGUACAUUCUGUCCCAGGAUGGUCUUAUUUACAUAGGAACUCCUAAACACAUUGAUGAUACCCCAUGGAACUUUGGCCAGUUUAUGCCGGGGAUCCUUGACACCUGCCUGAGAAUCCUGGAUGAGAGCCCCAAACAUCUGAAGAACCCAUCGAAGGACUGCUCAGGCAGAAAGAACCCUGUGUAUGUGACCAGACUCCUCAGUGCAAUGAUCAAUUGCAAUGAUGACAGAGGGAUACUCAAGGGAAAUUGGUCAGGUAACUAUGAUGAUGGCACAUCCCCCUCACAGUGGAGUAGCAGUGUGGAGAUUCUGCGUGAGUGGCAGGCCAGUUCCUGCCGGCCGGUUUGCUAUGGACAGUGCUGGGUCUUUGCUGCAGUGGCUUGCACAGUGUCCCGAGCACUAGGCAUCCCCUGUCGAGUGGUGACUAACUUUGAGUCAGCUCAUGACACCAACAGCAACCUGGUGAUUGAGUUAAUCUAUGAUGAAAACAGAGACCAUAUAUCUGCUGAUUCACUGUGGAACUUUCACGUAUGGGUGGAGAGCUGGAUGGCACGGCCUGAUCUCAAACCUGAGUUCAAUGGCUGGCAAGUCUGUGACCCGACACCCCAGGAGAAGAGUGAUGGAGUGUACUGCUGUGGCCCUGUGCCCGUGAAAGCCAUCAAGAAGGGUGAUCUCACUGUUAAGUACGACGCCCCCUUUGUGUUUGCUGAGGUCAACGCCGAUGUGGAACAAUACAUAAAGUUCAAGAAUGGCCGAACAGCUAGAAUGGGGGGAUCAACUACUUAUGUGGGUCAGUUUAUCAGCACUAAGAGUGUGGGCAAAGAUGCGAGGGAGGACAUCACACACCUCUACAAGUACCCUGAAGGUUCAGAGAAGGAGCGAGAGGCUUUCAAGAAAGCCAAUCACAGCAACAAGCUGCAGAGGCAGGGGAUGGGGUCAGAGGCAGGCCUCGAAAUCAAGAUCAAGGUGUCUGAGGACAUGCGGAGGGGCUGUGACUUUGAUGUGUUCGCUGUGGUCAUCAACAACACCUCUGUCUCCAAAACGUGCUGGCUAAAGUUCCUUGGUAGGGCCUCCUCCUACAACGGGCGAUUAGGCAAGACCUGUGGACGGGUGGAAAACUCUGACCUGCAGCUUUCAUCCGGAGAAGAAAAGCAGUUGCUCCUUAGGUUCUGCUACGAAAACUAUGGAAAACAUAUUACCCAGGAUUCCAUGAUCCAACUGACUGCUCUCCUUAUUGACAAAGACACCAGGAAGAUAUACAAUGCAAGAAGGACAAUUGUUUUGGGGAACCCAGAGGUCAAGAUUGAGAUCCUGGGAAAACCCAAACUGUACUAUGAGCUGGCAGUAGAGCUCUCCCUGCAGAACCCUCUUUCUGAAUCCCUGGAGAACUGCACCUUCUCUGUGGAGGGAUCCCUGAUGGAUGGAAAGAAAAUCAAACAAAUAGUUGGAUCAGUGGGACCAAGUCAAACCGCCAAAUCUAAAAUAAACAUCACCCCAACCAGCCCAGGAACGAGGAAGCUGCUGGCCACUUUUAACAGCAACAAGCUGUCUAACAUCAAGGGGUACAAGAACAUUGAUGUUGGCAAAUAA